AAAUUGUACUCCAGAUUGAUUCAGCUAGCAGUGCAUCUUGGUCACUAGUAGCGAUACACACAGGUUUCAAUUGCCCAACCAAUCUAAGAAGCACACCUCGCAGAUGAUGUCUUUCUGGAUGUAUCAAAUACAGCACCAACAAUUUAUGACACCAGAACUAGAUCUACGUUGACGUCACUUCCAAUGGUAGUGGCCGUUUAGUAUAAAGACUAACCGAGCGGCAGGUGCUCACUCACAAAGCCUCCGUUUCUUGUGACUAACAGCACCAGUGACAAACAGUCGGAAGUAAAGAAUAAUGCCAGAAAAUACCAUACCAGCUUGCCUGAACGCAUCCGCCGAUGCACCGGACUGGCUAAACGAAGCGUACGUGGAGCAAAUGCUGCGCUGCGCGUUUAAGGACGCAUCAAUCAAAGUGCGCAAGCUGGAUGUAUACUAUGCCGUGCCGAAAGGGAACAACUAUGCUAGCAUCAUAUUUCGCAUCGGUGUUACGUACCACUCCCAGUUACAGUACGAAAUAUCACGCACCUUCAUUGUCAAAGGCAUGAUCACGGAGGGAAUUGCAGGCGAGAAGCUGCGCCAGUACGACGUGCAGCGCAAGGAGAUGGACGUGUACCAAUUUGUGAUUCCCGAGCUGAAGCUCCUGAUGAAAUCGAUCGGCGAGCCGGGCGAGCUGUAUCCUACCGCGCUGAUAGUGGAUCGCAAGCGUGAGGUGAUCGUGUUUAAGGAUCUGACCCCGGACGGCUACCGGAUGGUGGACCGGACGCAGGGCAUGGACAUGGUGCACAUGAAAAUGGCUAUCAAGCUGAUGGCCAAAAUGCAUGCCAGCUCGCUGAAGAUGCGCGAGCAGCAGCCCAACAUAUUUGUGCCGUACAACACGUGCAUCGUGACGCGCGAAACGGACGCUUUCUAUCCGAUGUUUGUGCACAUCUUUAACGCACUGACGGACGAGGUUGGCAAAUGGGGAUCGGAAUGGAAGUACUAUCACGAGAAGCUGCAGCAGCUGGCACCGAACUUUGUCGAGUACUCACAGCGCGUGGUGGACAACGAUCCGGCCAGCGAUGAUUUGUGCGUGUUUGUGCAGGGUGACAUGUGGGUGAACAAUUUCCUGUACAAGUAUGAUGGGCAGGGCAAUCCGAUCGAUGCGGUUCUGCUGGAUUUUCAGUACUGCACGUACGGCACACCGAUGAUCGAUUUCUGCUACCUUUACUACACCUCGGCUAGGGAUGACAUCAGACAGAACUGUUUCGAUGAGCUGCUCCAGUUCUACUACUAUCAGCUGGUGGACUACGCACGACGGUUGCAGUACCGGGCGCGGUUGCCAACACUCUAUCAGUUUCUGCAGCAAACGCAACGGAAAAUGUUCUACGCUGUGUACUCCACCUUCAUUGCAUUACCGGUACAGAUGAAUGACAAUACGGCUGAUGCCGAUUUCGAAGCAUUGAUGUGCAACGACGAGCGGGCACAGAGCUUUAAGCGCAUGAUUGUGGCGAACGACAAAUACCAAACCAUCCUGCGCGGUUUGCUGCCACAGUUCGAUCGCAAGGGUCUGUUGGACAAAUUGGACUAGACUCCAUUUGGAAAGUCUCAAAUAUUCUUCUACCUAUCUUUAUUAUCAAUAAACAAAAUCCAGUAAGGUCUGAAGCCUUUCAACCGCUGGGCCUGU